AAUGACCACUUGCUUUAUAGCAACCGGUCUCAAAUUUAUUUCACCUUGGAGUCUCAUGAGGACGCACUGCAUGAUGCAGAAAUAGCAUGUAAGCUCCGCCCAAUGGGUUUUAAGGCACACUUCAGAAAAGCACAAGCCUUAGCCACCUUAGGCAAGGUGGAGGAAGCACUAAGGGAGUUUCUAUAUUGUGUGUCCCUCGAUGGAAAGAACAAAAGAGCAAGAUCUGAAGCCCAGAGGCUUCUCCUUAGUUUCUUUUCACCAUCAGUCCCGGGGGACUCUCAGGAACAUUUUCCCGAUAUCCUGAAGUUGUUGGCACCUCACCCUAGAUUAAAGGAACACGUAGAAUCAAUGGCUACUGAAGGCACCAGUCAUAAUCUACCAAAGUUGUCACAGGAAAAGCCGGAGCUCCCACACUGUUCUAGUCAGGAGGAAGCGGCGGCAGGGGGAGACCGCAGCAGCCUGGCAAACCCAGUUAAAGUAGAGGGGGAGGGGCAGCGAGGCGACCAGAAAGGCCAGGCAAGAGACAAGGAGAAGGGGGACGCUGCCUCCGCCAAGGCUGGCAAAUGCCAAGAAAAGAAAAGGAAGCAUUGUCAAAUUGGAACCCAAGACCCAGAGGUGCCUACUAAAGCCUUGAAGCCAGAUCCUCAGGCUGAGCAGCGGGCGGAGGCUGCUGUCAGUGUUCCACUGCCAUCCUCUGUGGAUGCGUCUGACCUUGAAUGUGCCCUAUGUAUGAGAUUAUUCUAUGAGCCAGUCACCACACCUUGUGGGCAUACAUUUUGUUUAAAAUGCCUUGAAAGAUGCCUAGACCACAACGCCAAGUGUCCGUUGUGCAAAGACGGUCUCGCACAGUGCUUGGCAUCCAGAAAAUAUAGCAAAAAUGUCAUAAUGGAAGAGCUAAUAGCUAAAUUCCUUCCAGAAGAACUCAAGGAACGAAGGCGGCUUUAUGAAGAAGAAAUGGAAGAACUUUCUAACUUAAAUAAGAACGUGCCUAUUUUCGUGUGUACUAUGGCCUAUCCCACCGUUCCUUGUCCUCUGCACAUCUUUGAGCCUUGUUACCGUCUGAUGAUUCGUAGAUGCAUUGAGACAGGCACAAGGCAGUUUGGCAUGUGCCUUGGAGAUACUGUCAAAGGCAGGUUCGCGGAAUACGGCUGCAUCCUGGAGAUCAGAAAUGUUCAGUUCUUUGCUGAUGGCCGCUCAGUGGUGGACAGCAUAGGCAAGAGGCGCUUUAAGGUCCUCCAUCAGGGCCAUCGAGAUGGUUACAAUACAGCCGAUAUUGAAUACAUUGAAGACCAAAAGGUUCAAGGAGACGAUUAUGCUGAGCUCAUGGGAUUACAUAAUUGUGUCUAUGAGCAAGCGUCAUCAUGGUUUCAUUCGCUCAAAUCAUCUCUGAAGAAUCGGAUACUCAGUCACUUUGGUCCAAUGCCAGAGAAAGAUGCUGAUCCCCAGCAGCAGCAACAACAACAACAACAACAAAAAAAAAAUCAUCCAGUUUGAUCCAGUCAGGGCUGCAGCCCCAGUGGUCCCAUUAAUAAGAAUGUUCUAAGCCUCGGGAGGAGAUUUCUCAGAAACAGCCGCAAGUAUUAACAUCAGCUUAAAUAUCUUUGUUAAUGGCCCUGGGAAAGAAAGUUUAGAAUGUGUCAAUUUCAUAUUCAGAACUAAAAAUAGGAGGGAGAGCCUGUUACAGCUCACAGUGAGGGACAAAAAAGAAUUCAAAUGAAGCUAUCAGGCACAGAGAAGCCAAGAAGGCAGCAGGGUUUGAGGAGAAUCAGGCGAACCAAUUUGGAGGCAAAUAGUCCCACAUGUAGGUGGUCUGACCAGAAUGGGGUUCUGUAUAGUCCUAAACCAAUCUUCUGAAAGUUGUGAGCCGAGAGCUCAUUUCAGGCUUUGUAGGAAAUAAGUCGCCAGUGUCUAAAACGUGUGCCUGAGAAGCUGCUCACAAACAGAAUUUCGGUGAAGGAGUCAUGUGGGACGGGAAAGGUCUUUAUUAAAAAGGAAACCUGGGGACCAAAUACAUUUCUAAUGUGAAUGUGUUCUCUAAUUGGAAUUUUUGCCAAGUGGGAUUGCUGUGCUUUGGGGCUGUGGAUCAUAGGCUUCGGUUUCCGAGGAGAAGCUCGCUGUGGCCAUAUGUACCUGGCAUAUGUGGACUAUAUUGCCUUCAACCAGAAGCAGAGAAAUAAAGGGAGUUAAGAGACAUGCCGAGCCCAAGGGAUCAUGGGAAUUGAAUGCCCACAUGUGGUAUGUGUCAGUCCAAAGAACCUAAACAGAAUCUUCGAAAUGGAACAGACUGAGUAGCGGAUAUUCUAGCUCACAGAAUCACACUGGCUAGCAGGUAUAGGGUAUCUGUUAGGAUAUUGAUUGGUUUGCUUUGACAACUGCUAAAAAUAACUGUAGCUUGAACCACAUUAUUAGAGGGCUAAGGCAGCUCUGUUCCAUGAGAUCAUUCAGGGAUCCAGUCUCCUUCCUCACAAAGCUCUACCAUCCUUAGAAUGUUGCCCCGUCUUCCUGAUAGAAGAAGGCUGAUCAUCACCAUGUUCACGCUCUAGCUGGGGAGAAGAGAGCAAGAGUAAGGCAGAGGGCACACGCCCUGUUCCUGGCGCAUGACCCAGAAGUUACACGUAGAACUUCCCUUUAUAUCUCCUUAGCCAGAACUCUGUCUUGUGGACUCCCCUUGCUGCAAUGCAGCCUGUUUUCUGGGUGGCUACAUGCCCGGCUCAGAUAAGGGGAAGUAGACCUGGGGGUAAUUAGCAGCGUCUGCCGUACACAGAAGCAGCUCCACCUGGGACGUUUACCUUGUGGCUUGGGAAACCUGCAGCCUGAUCUCCCUUCUGUGGGAAUAGGAUGAACCCAUUGUGUUUCUCUGUUGUAGGUUAACCCAAAUGGUCCAGCCUGGUGCUGGUGGACGUUAGCGGUUCUUCCACUGGAAAGCCGAGCUCAGCUCCCAUUCCUUGCAAUGAGGUCCUUAAAGGACAGACUGAACGGUAUUCGGAGAGUGCUGGCCUUUAUAUCCCGAAACCAAAACUAGUGAGAGGGGGUUGCCGAAGAGGAGCCGCCACCCUCCCCACCGCCCCUGGGGGAGUCAUCUUGUAAAUAUAUCUAAUUGCAAUAACAUCUUAACAGAAGGAAGUAUCAAACAGGCCUUUCCCUGCUGUUGAUCACAGAGAGAAAAUGUGUAGAAAGACCAAAAGCAUGGGACCUGUUUGAAACUUUCUGUCUUAAGAUGCUUCUUGACAUGCUGCACAACUACAUGCUCAGCAGAGGUGUUUAAAAGCCCAGAAGAAAAAAAUUAAUUUGAUUUCGACAUAAACUUUCCUGAAAGUUUAAAGUGGUUUUGCUUUAAUUUUCUUUCUUGCAUAGUUAAGUGUGUGGUUGAAAUGUGAAGCACAGAUGCUAAUAAUGUUGCUGCGUUAUUUCACUGACUUGAGUUCUCAUUCCAAAUGGUUCAGGUUUUAUACAGUAUUGUGUAAAAUAAUGUUCAUCCUACAUUCUGUUUUAAUAAUUUAUUUUUUUUGCACUACUGUAUCCUUUUUUUCUACAUGUAUGUUUGUAACUAUUUAAGUGUAUGUUACUGAAAUGCCAGUUGCUUUAUUUAUUAACGUGGUUUACCAUGUACCUAGGGGGAAGUAACAGUACUAGAAAUGUGCCAUUUUUGCUUUAAUCACACUUUACUAUGUUUCUCGAACCAGCUCUCGAACCAUGUUCAUAUCUACCCCAUUGGAUGCUUAAAGGAAGUUCAGAGUCACGCUGAGACUGCUGAUCUUCACAGGUUCCAUUUGGCUUUCAGUCUGAAUUCAACAAUAUAAGAUACGCAAGGGAUUUGGCAUACAUUAUGGAAUAAGCCAGGGUAAGGUAAAAUACUCCAUUUUCUAUGUGUUAUACAGAGCAGGGCUGAAGGAAUGAUUUUCCUUCAAUGAAGAAAUGAAUCAGAGGGGCGUCUUUUGGUACAAUCUGUUAUAGGCAUUUAUCUUAACAAUCUAAUUACAAGUGUAUAUCGUUUCUCCCCAGUGCAGUUAAGAGUGGGAUUUUGAGGCAGGAUGAUUUUUAACCCUUCAGAGGGAAUGGUUUUCAGUUUGACAUAUCAUAGCCUCCAUACCCCACCUCUUCUCAGGGUUCUGAAGAUCACGACCUGGCUAGCAUGUGUGGAAACGUGUCAAGAAGGGCUGUUUGUUAUUAAAAGUGCAAAGAAGCCAGUAGAAAAAGUAGAACACUUAAAGAAAAAAAACAGACAAACUGUCUUUUUGGUUUGUAAAUCUCUUUAAAGGAAACAAUGAAUCCAUGAUUUUAUCUAAGCACUGCCUUCCCUCCCAAAUGCCAUAGGUCAAAGAUUUCAAUAUAGGGGAAGAAUAGUGGGUAAGAAGGGAAGAGGGAGCUCCUGUUUAGCCUGCUUAGUACUAAGCUAGUGUGAUUAUUUUAGUGCCAGGAGGACCUGAAAAAUGCUGUGAGGAUGGGGUGUCACAAUGACGGGGUGAAGAGAUUAGGAUAGGCAAGAAGUGAGUCCUGCCAUUCGCACCGUCGUGCACAUCACCCCCCACAUGAUGCUGGACGGACGCAGUGCGGCCCAUCCACCCCGUCCAGGAGAGGUUAGUGCCUCAAGUAACCAACCUGACUUCUCCCAUCACCACCUCUGUCCAGAAACAGAGAAGGGGGAAUGAGAUGGUCCAGGCAACAGAAAAGAGAUUCACAUAAGCAGAAACCAAAUGAUCUUUUCUUUUUUUUUUUUUCUUUAAGAUUUUAUUUAUUUAUUUGACAGAGAGAGAGACAGCGGGAGC